UUCUCAAAAUGAGGAAGUUUACAAAUAGUUCCAUUUACUUACUGAAGCAAAAAGGUUUGUGUUAGUUCAAUAACAGCAACACAAAGGUGACAGAAAAACUUGCAUUUUAGUACAUAAGUGUACGCUUACAGUUUCUCUUAGAACUAGUGUUCCUGAAUUGGUAGCUUCUUUUGAACUAUCCACUGAGUUUUUGGUCAUACCACAUCCUGUUCAGUUAGACAGCAAUUUGAACAUGGUAUGUAGUCCUUGUCCAAAGUGAGGGGAGUUGAACACUUUGUAAGGUCAUUAGCGAUCCUCUAAGCUUUCCCAGAAGAAAGAUUGAGCAGAUAUGGCAGACAAGGUGCAGCUGCUGCCGUACUUCUUCGGCAACAUCACUCGAGAGGAGGCCGAGGAGUACCUGAGACACGGAGGAGCAGGAGAUGGCCUUUACCUGCUGCGCCAGAGCCGCAGUUUCCUCGGCGGCUACGCCUUGUCAGUGUCCUAUGGCCGCCAGUUCUACCACUACACCAUCGAGAGAGAGAUGAAUGAUAUGUACGCCAUCGCAGGAGGCAAGUCACACAGAACCCCGAUAGAUGUGAUUGACUAUCACUCACAGGAGUCUGAUGGGCUCAUCUGCCUGCUGAAGAAGCCCUUUCCCCGGCCACGUGGCACAGAACCUAAAGUCGGACCCUUUGAAGACCUGAAAGAGCAGCUCAUCCGGCAGUAUGUCAAACAAACUUGGAAUUUACAGGGUUCGGCCCUAGAACAGGCUAUCAUCAGCCAGAGGCCUCAGCUGGAGAAACUCAUCUCUACAACAGCACACGAGAAGAUGCCGUGGUUCCAUGGCAAGAUUGACCGUGAGGACUCGGAGCUGCGCUUGCUCAGGAGCCCACACGUCAACGGCAAAUUUCUAAUUAGACAAAGAGAAAACAAUGGCAGAAACGUGUCCUAUGCACUGUGUCUCCUGCAUAAUAACCAAGUCAUGCACUAUCGUAUUGAUAAGGACAGGGCUGGAAAACUCUCCAUUCCUGAUGGGAAGAAGUUCGACACACUUUGGCAGCUGGUAGAACACUAUUCGUACAAGCCUGACGGCCUGCUUCGAGUGCUUACCGAGUCCUGCCCAAGACCAUCACAUCAUUCAGUGAGUAUGAAACCACUGAAGUUCAAGAGGCAUUUAGAAACCAUGCAAGGUGCCACAGGUGGGAUUCUCUCCAGAAUCAAAUCAUACUCCUUCCCCAAACCUGGGCAAAAAAAGGGUCUUGAAAAUCCCUAUAACUUUAGAUCAAACGGCAGAGGUGAACUUCCUAAUCCUAAUAUCUUCGGCACAGAGGCUAUGCCAAUGGACACGCAGGUGUAUGAAAGUCCAUAUGCAGAUCCUGAAGAGCUGCGAUCAACUACAGUUAACCGGAGCGACCUGACUCUGGAAGACGGAGAGUUGGGCUCAGGCAACUUUGGCACUGUCCUAAGAGGUGUCUACCAAAUGAAAAAGACACAGAAGGUUGUUGCUGUGAAGAUACUGAAGAAUGAUGAUGAUAAUGCAGCGGUAAAGGAGGAGAUGCUGCGAGAAGCUAACGUCAUGCAGCAGCUGGAUAAUCCUUACAUUGUUCGCAUGAUUGGCAUCUGUGAAGCUGAGAACCUCAUGCUGGUUAUGGAGCUUGCUGAGCUGGGGCCGCUGCACAAGUUCCUGCAGAAGAACAAACACAUCUCUAUGAAGAACAUCACAGAGCUGGUUCAUCAGGUCUCUAUGGGAAUGAAAUAUCUGGAAGAGCACAACUUUGUUCACAGAGAUCUUGCUGCCAGGAACGUGCUUUUAGUCACUCAGCACUAUGCCAAGAUCAGCGACUUUGGACUCUCUAAAGCCCUGACAGAAGAUGAGAACUAUUACAAGGCCAAAGGUCAUGGUAAAUGGCCGGUGAAAUGGUAUGCUCCUGAGUGCAUGAACUACUUCAAGUUCUCUUCUAAGAGUGACGUGUGGAGCUUUGGAGUCCUGAUGUGGGAAGCCUAUUCAUAUGGACAGAAACCAUACAAGGGCAUGAAAGGAAAUGAAGUCAUCCAGAUGAUUGAGAGCGGACAGAGAAUGUCGUCGCCCCUCGACUGCCCGAGUGAGAUGUACAACCUCAUGUUGAAAUGUUGGACAUACAAGCCAGAUGAGAGACCUGGAUUUUCUGUAGUUGAACCCAGAUUGCGGCAUUACUACUAUGACAUAUCUCAGUGAUGACAUCACCAAGACCACAUGCAAAAUUAUACAGUAUGGUAUUGGAAAACAAUCGGUUGAAUAAGGUGGUAUAAGCAUGAUUUGUAUUGACUAUUUUUUUCAUGAUACUAUUUUGUUAAUUUUUUUUUUUCCUUUCAUCAAUGGUAUACAUUCUAAUUAGAUCAUUGACAGCAUUUCAUCUUUACUCAUUUUAAGCAAUAACUUGUAUCAUAGUGUGUACAAAUUGGCUUAAUAAGCUGAAAGUGCUUAUUAAAUGGUUGGUUUUGCUUCUAAAUACAUGUUUAGAAAGUCACAGAAGUGUUCUGUAUUUGAAGCCAAGUCAGUAUUUCUUGUUAAUAGGGGAGAGUGGGGUAAGAUGAGUCAGUAAGUAAGUGAACCCACUCCCUGUAUCUUGGCAACCAUACAUUUUUAUUGCCGUAUGACCACAUAUUUUGAAACCACCCAUCAUUUCUGCCAGACUCUGAAAUGAGAAGCUCAUGGGACACAUGGAAGGCACCCGUUUACUUUAAAACUGUUUUUGGCUUGUCAACAUAAAAUUUUAGCAUAACAGAUGUAAUGGCUGUUACAUCAAAUCAAAUUUGUCUGGGUCUAAAAAUAUUUGUGCAUAUUGGUGAAUGAGCAAUGUAUAAAACCAUGCAAAUCAUUUAGCUACAUAUUAGCGUGAAUUGGUAAGCUAGCUAGUUUUUUUCCUAAAUAGCAGCUAUGGAGCAAAGUGAGCCAAAUGCUGUGGGGUAAACUUAGCCAGCAUUUUAACUUACCCCACCAUAAGGCACUGAAGUUAAGUUAAAUUUCUGAAUUAUAAACUAGUAUAUUUUCACUGUAACAUUCUGCAACUGCCAUGUCAAGAACCUUUUGACUAAUAUGGUUAUUAGUUUCAGUGACAUUUAUUCAUUCAUUCUAGUUUAGUUUUUUGUUUAAUUUUACUCAACAAACUCUCUGUUUAUGGGAAGGUUACAGCUUUGGUGUUCAACACAUUGUUUCAGAAAUGCAAAUAAUUAAAGAUACUGAAAUUUCAAUUUCAUUUGGUUGGUUUUAUGUUUAAGUUAGCUUUAAGAAAAGAAAUAUGAUUAUCUGUAAAAGGACAUUUGACUCGGAUCAACUUACCCCUAACGUGGGAUAAAUUGAGCCACAGGAACACUUUUUUUAUAAGAAGCUAUAUUUUUAGAACCCUUUCUCAUAGAUGUAUUCUGAUCAUUUAAAAUGAUAGGAAACGUCCUGAAAUUACUUUAGAUACUUUCAUUGUACUUCUGCCUAAUUUUCCCUUAUCUUGAUGACCACACAAGUAAAAAAAAUGGCUCAUCAUACCCCACUCUCUCCUACACAUCAGAUGUCACAGCAAUAACGAUCAAUACGAGGAUGACUAGACCAGAGAAAGACAUGUUUACAUUAUUCUCAUUUUUUCCCACCCUUUCUGUUUUGUACACAUUUAAGGUCCCGAUAUACUCAAAGCAAAGUUCUUUUUUGUGCUCUUUAGGGAAAAAAGAAAUUGAAAAUACGUGAACAGCGAUAUACUGUUAGCGAACAUCCUGGUGCUACUGAUUUUUAGAUGAAUAUCUUCAUAUGUGCUGCGCGCUUUCCUUUCAAUUAAAUAAACACAUAACAAAAAUGACAGUGAUGAGAAAACAGUAAAGAAAGCAUCUGAUCAUAGCGAUGUCGAUGUUUGCACAAGCUCUGCAAUUCGGCACUCCAGUAGUCACGUCAUGUUUAUUUAUUUACUUUGAACUCUGUUUUGGCCUGAUUUUGUUCAAAAUGAUGUCACGCCAGUUCUUCGAUUUUGCUUGAAGUAUAUUGGGGCCUUUACUGGGUUUCUGUCUUUAUCUAAUUGCCAAAUGCUACAUUUUUAAUCUACAUUUAUGUUUAAAAGGUUCAAAAUGUUAAAGUGUUAAAACAAAAAAGUCAUUCAUUCUGUGUACAGCGUUUACUUCACACCAUCAGAUACAAUGUAAGCAUAUUUUGCAUGUCAUUACCUGUGUGACAGUCUAAGCAAUUAAAAUGCAACCAGUAAUCUUUUAA